UUGGUUGGUUGGGUCUCUCUCUCUCUCUCUCUCUCUCUCUCUCUCUCUCUCUCUCUCUCUCUCUCUCUCUCGUAUGGGCUUUGUGACAGUGAAAGUGAAGAAAAGUUGAAAGUGAAAGGAAAAAGAAAAGAAAAGAAAGAAAAGGAAGGAAGGAAAAAAAAGGUUAUCGAUUUGAACUUGGAAAAAAUAAGAAAAAGAAAGGAAAGGAAAAGAAAGAAGUGAAAAAGAAGCGUUCGAAUGAAAAGACAAAGAAAGAAAAUGAAAAUAAAGAAGGAACAGGGAAAAAAAAGAAAACGAAUCAGAGGAGAGACAAAAGAGAAAGAAGAAGAAGAAAAAAAAGAAAUAGAACGAGUGAAAGGAGAGAAAAAGAAAGAAAAGGAAAAUAAAGAAAGGAAAAAGAAGCUUGUGAAUUGAAAAGACAAAGAAAGGAAAUGAAAGUAAAGAAGCAACAAGGAAAAAAAAAACAAUCAGAGGAAACAAACAAAGAAAAAAAAUUAUACAAAAAAAGAGAAAAUAAAUGCAAAUAAUAAUUAAAAGAAAGCGUAUAAAAGAAAGUGUCUAUAUCUUUUUUUUUACAUAUACGUGCGAAAGGAAAGAAGACAGACAGAUGGUGAGCCAGAUUCUAUUACACCAGCAGGUAACUACACUAAGCGCAUUGAUUAUGUAGACGAGAAGAAUGACGCGGCACGGACGAGAAUAGAACAUCAAGAAGAAGAAUGAUAAUUGGAACACGUGGACAGACUUAUUGGAUUAGAACUUGGUGAUAAGAAACUGAAGAAAAACAACACAGCUUCCAUAUGAAACACCGCUGACACAACAGGCGAUGAUACUGAAAUAAACAAGUGUGGAAAGUGAGGAAAAAGAAAAUGAUAAAAUAUAAUUGAAAAAACAAAAACAAACAAAAAAACCCAGACCACAGCUUCCAUAUGAAACACCACUGACACAACAGGCGAUGAUACUGAAAUAAACAAGUGUGGAAAGUGAGGAAAAAGAAAAUGAUUAAAUAUACUUGAAAAAACAAAAACAAACAAAAAAACCCAGACCACAGCUUCCAAAUGAACAACCGCUGACACAACAGGCGAUGAUACUGAAAUAAACAAGUGUGGAAAGUGAGGAAAAAAAAAAUGAUAAAAUAUACUUGAAAAAACAACAAAAAAAUAACAGACCACAGCUUCCAAAUGAACAACCGCUGACUCAACCAAAACGACCACAAGCGACGAUGACAACUGUAUCGAGUGUUGACAUCCAGUGAGAGAGAAGAAAAUCAGAAAUGCUUCUACACUGAGGGAGAAAAAGAAAGUAAGGAACGAAGAAAGAAAGGAAGGAAAAGAGCAAUGAGGAAAAAAUAGUAUGAAGAAAUGCUUAUAAAUAGACAACAGUGAGGAAUGAUGAAUAGAUUAAUAAGAAAGACUUGUAAAUAAAGAAGUUCAGGCCCCGUUGAAAUAAUUAAUAUCUUCUGUGGAAAUUCAGUGAGGAAGUAGAAAGUGAUCAGAGACACUUAUAAAUUAACGACAAAAGAAGACGGUUAGAAAUAUUUGGAGAUACACAAAAGACUCCACUGAAUAAAACAUCAAUAGGGUAAAGCGACCGGACGUAAGUAGAAUCAAUGAGAAAUACGAAAGAAGAAAUAGAAGAUAAGAAAGAAGAAGAAAAUAACUAUAAACUAAAAACUAAACCACAAAUUCCAUAGAACAAACAUCAACAAACUACAAGAAAUAAAAAGAAAAGAAAAUUGCUAUAAACUUAAAACUAAACCACAAACUUCAUAGAACAAACAUCAACAAACUACAAGAAAAAAAAAUGACUAUAAACUAAGAAAUAACCCACAAACUCCAUAGAACAAACAUCAAGCAACUUCAUCAAACGACCCUUCCCAGCCUGCCCAAACUCGGACGCCCCCCUUAAGAGAUCGUCAAGCCCCCUGGUGACGAAGAACAGAGGCAGGCAGCGAGAGUGUGUGCCGGCCAGCGUGCGUGUGUGCCCUCGCCUCCCCGCCAUGUGCCUGGACGCGCCGCCAGCACGCACGGGGGACAACAACUCCAUGGGCCGCAACCUCCGCGCGGCUCGCUGGCUGGACUUCACUGACAAGGACGACGAUGACGGUCUCUACCAGCCCUGCUCAGACUCCGACUCCGAGGCCACCAAGAAAAAGGGAGAGGGCGAUGACCAGGAGAACAAUAAUAACAACAACAACAACAGCAACAAUAACAACAGUAGCAACAACAACAACAACAAGGCGAGAACCCACAAGCGGACGGGCAGCGGCGGGGGCCUGCUCACCGCCGCAGCCGCCGCCGCCGCCGCCGCCUCGGUCCCGGGGGGCAGUGCCUCCUCGUUGCCGCGGCGGACCAGCGUGUCGGUGAAGCGGCCGCUGGACAUCGUGCUGCCCUGUCAGGAGAUACAGUACCUGGACAUCUGCUACCAGAAGGUUGGCACGCUGAUGGUGCAGUACAGCCCAAUCCCGCGCAAGAAGAUAGCGUACCAGCACGUGCCAUACAUCAGCAUCCCGUACUGCGAGGUGCCCUACUGGAGCGGCGGCGAGCGGCCCAUCAAACGCAAGCCGCUGCAGCGCUCGCACUCCAUCGCCGUGGCCGACCUGCGCGAGCCCGAGGACUGCGAGUGGUCGUCCUACAAGCUGAGGUGAAGGAGAGAAGGAGAGGAGCGCCGCGGACACCUGCUGAGACUUACCUUGAGAAACCAAGACUCUCAGGCAGGCGAGGAGUGAACGGGAAAAAAAGGAAACAAAAAACAGAAGGGAGAAAAAGAGAAGAGAGAUGUGGAAACUGGAAACGCCUGAACUGCGACACCCUUGUAUGCGGCGGAGAAGAGGAAGAGGAGGAGGAAGAGGAAGAGGAGGAGGUGGUUAGUCUUCCACGCCAGCGUCUACAUACGGAAGAGUGGAGGCUCCGGAAUGUGGAAGAAUGUGGAAUGAAGCUUUUUUUUUUCUUCAGUCAAGCUUACUUAUGGUGGAGCGCACACGCACACACACACACACACACACGCACACGCACUUGCACAAACUCUAACCUGAUAUAAGAGAAAACACACACACACACACACACACACACACACACACACACACACACACACACACACACACACACACACACACACACACACACACACGAGGAAGCUCAAAGAGGUUGUUGAGUGCAGACUGAAGUGAGUGAGAGAUAAAGAGAGAAAGAGAGAGACAAGCCCAGAGGAAAAGGUGAAUGUGGGUGUGUCUGGGUGUGGGUGUGGGUGUGGGUCUAAGCUCAUCAAACCCGGUAACAAAUGCUAUGAAACUAUUUAUUGGUGGCAAGCCUGAAGGAAGUAGAGCUUUAGUAGAGGAGGAGGAGGUGGUGGUUGUUGUGUUGCUUGGGUGAACGCUGCCGGUGGACUAGUGUUGCAGACGUGUGUGUGUUGUGUUGUGACGAUGAUGUGAAGGAUUGUGUUGCCAGUGUUGCCAGCAGUGAGGUGAUGGAAAGGAGUGUUGCAAGUGCUGAAAGGAAAGUUUGGCAAGUGUUGACGAGAAAGAAAGUGUUGCAGACAUUGAUGUGACAGAAUUUGGCAAGCAUUGAUGUGAAGGAAAAGUUGGCAAGCAUUGAUGUGACAGAAUUUGGCAAGCAUUGAUGUGAAAGGAAAAGUUGGCAAGCAUUGAUGUGACAGAGAAUUUGGCAAGCACUGAUGUGACAGUUUGGCAAGCAUUGAUGUGAAGGAAAGUGUUUGGCAAGCAUUGAUGUGACAGAAAAGGUUGGCAAGCAUUGAUAUGAAGGACACGGUUUGGAAGCAUUGAGUAUUGGCAAGCAUUGAUGUGAGAGGCAAAGAAAAGGAAGGAUCACAGGCAAGCAUUGACGUGAAAGGAUUUGACAAGCAUUGAUGUGAAGGAAAAAAAAGGUUUGACAUACAAGCGAGAAAGGUGUGCAGGGGAGCAUUACAUAACAUGACAGGGGGAAGAGUCUGACAGGAAGCGAUGACAUGACAAGGAGGAAAUGAUGUGAAAGGCAGAAAAAUUAAAGGAGGCGUUGAUGUGACUAGGAAGAAGUGAGAGGAAGGGAGGAAGGCAAAAGGUCUGUGAUGCCAAAGUGAGUGAGUGACAAUGAUUGAGAUUUGUACAAGGAAAGAAAGACUGACUGACAUGGAAAGAGAAGUGAAGCUGAAGUGUUAAGCUGAGGUGAAGUGCUAAGCUGGAGUGUUAUAAGCUUAAGUCAGUCAGCCGCCUCACCCACCCUCACCCACCUCCUGUCUAUACCAUGUCAUCCAAGCGUGUGUGGGUGACGUGACGCGAGAAAUCAAUGGAAAAACUGAGUUGGUGAUGAGUGGAAAAAUGAAACCAGCUCAAGAGUAAACGAUAUAACGAAGACAUGAACUGAACACACUAUUGGUGCUUGGCGGAGAAAAUAGAAAAAAAAACUUAAAAAUUAUAUAAAAAAGAACCAUAGCGUUGUAUGUAUGUAUGUAUGUAUGUACGUAGUAGUCAUAGGUGAAGCAAGACAAAGGACUUGGUGGACGAAUCGGUGCAUAGAGGAAUAACGACAAUAACAGUAAAGGAAUAAAUAGAUAAAUAUGAUAGAAAUUGAACGUCAUUAGGAAAGGAAACACAAAAAAGAUCAUCGUUUGGUUUGGUGGAGAUAAAAAAAACACCGUCGUUUGUAUUCGUGGGAAAGUCUGUCGUGUUUUUUUCUUCUUUUCUUUUACGGUCUGUUAUUUCAAGAUCAUAGAUGAAUUUUUAAAGGGAGAUUAUUUUUUCUAAGAGGUUCAGUAUUUUGUAAGGGGAUCAGUUUUGUUAAGGGGAGCGAUUUUUCUAAGAGGAUCAAUUUUUCUAAGGGAUUAAUUCUUCUAAGGGGAUUGAUUUUUUUAAGAGGAUCGAUUCUUCUAAGGGGAUCAAUUUCUCUAAGGGAUCGAUUUCUCUAAGGGAUCGAUUUCUCUAAGGGGAUCAAUUUCUCUAAGGGGAUUGAUUUCUUUAAGGGGAUCAAUUUCUCUAAGGGGAUUGAUUUCUCUAAGGGGAUCAAUUUUUCUAAGGGGAUUAAUUUCUCUAAGGGGAUUGAUUUCUUUAAGGGGAUCAAUUUCUCUAAGGGGAUCAAUUUUUCUAAGGGGAUCAAUUUCUCUAAGGGGAUCAAUUUCUCUAAGGGGAUCAAUUUUUCUAAGGGGAUCAAUUUCUCUAAGGGGAUCAAUUUCUCUAAGGGGAUCAAUUUCUCUAAGGGGAUCGAUUUUUCUAAGGGGACCAAUUUCUCUAAGGGGAUCAAUUUCUCUAAGGGGAUCGAUUUUUCUAAGGGGAUCAAUUUCUCUAAGAGGAUCGAUUUUUCUAAGGGGAUUGAUUUUUCUAAGGGGAUCAAUUUUUCUAAGGGGAUCAAUUUUUCUAAGGGGAUCGAUUUUUCUAAGGGGAUCGAUUCUUCUAAGGGGAUCAAUUUUUCUAAGGGAUCGAUUUUUCUAAGGGGAUCAAUUAUUCUUAGGGAAUCGAUUUUUCAAAGGGCUUCAAUAUUUCCCCAUAGUCGAAUAUUUUAACCCUUACUUUCGACUCCUACACGAUUACAAACGGCGGCGGAGAGGAAUGAAUCAAACAUGUAUUUUCUUUUUGUUUUCAUUUUGUUUAUCUUUUACUUCGUCUUCGGUUUCGUGAGAGGAGAGAAACAAGCAAACAAACAAAGAUUUUUCCACUUUUUUUUCAUUUAUAAUUUUCUCUCCCUUUUUGUGAUUGAUUUUCUUUUUUCUUUUGUUCAUCUUUUAUUUUUUUGCUUUAGUGAGAGAAGCAAACAAACAAAGAUAAUUUUUUCCACAAGUAUUCUUUUUUUUCACAUUCUCUCCACUUGUGACGUAUUUUUCUUGUAUUUUUUCCGUAUUUUCUCGUAUUCCCGUAUUUUUCUCGUAUUUUCUUGUAUUUUCCGUAUCCCGUAUUUUUUCCGUUUUUUCGUAUUAUUCCCGUAUUUUUCUUGUAUUUUGCGAUCGUAUUUUUUUUUUUUUUUCGCACAAGAACAACUUCAGUCAUUUAGAAGAACGUCGCACGCUUCAUCUUGCUCCUUUAUCACUAACUUUAAUUAUCUUUAAUCAACAACAUGACACGAAGAAAGAGAGAGAGAAUUUUCCAUAGAUCCAGUAUUAUUAAAAAUCUAUGGAAAAUGUUACAGUCCCGAGUGCUGUGUGUGUAUGUGUGUGUGUGUGUGUGUUUGUUUUGUUUUUAUCUGUACGUUUUUGUAUAUUUUUUGUCUCCCUUUCUUCCUUCCUUCUUUCUUUCUUUUUUCUUUCUUUCUUUUUUGUAUUUAACGUUUCAUCAAAUCUCAAGUGAAUGUGAUUUUUUUAACUUCAUUUUUGUAUGUUUUUAGUUUCCCAUUAUUGUUAUUAUUAUUAUUAUUAUUAUUAUUAUUAUUAUUAUUAUUAUUAUUAUUAUUAUUAUUUUCGUCAUUAUUUCUGUAUCAUCAUGACUUGUCUCCUCUGUACAGCUUACCAUCAUUAUUAUUAUUGUCAUUAUUAUUAGUCAUUAUUAGUCUCGAGACAGUGACCAACCCGCGCACACUUGGAGGUUAUUGGCGUAGCACAGCGGUGAUAUAUAUUAAUUAUUUUUUUGUUUUAGUUUUAUAGUCAUUAGAAUUUUUUGCAUUUCUCAAUUAUCAUCAUCAUCAUCAUUAUUUUCUCUUCCACUUCCUGUUCUGUACGCGUUUCUCUCACUUUUUUUUUUUUUUUAGUUUCAUAGUCAUUAGAAUGUUUUGCAUUUCUCAAUUAUCAUCAUCAUCAUUAUUUUCUCCUCCACUUCCUAUUCUGUACUCAUUUCUCUCACUAUUAUUCUCUUUUUUUUGUUUUGUUUUUUGUUUUUUGUUUGUUUUAGUUUCAUAGUCAUUAGAAUUUUUUGCAUUUCUCAAUUAUCAUCAUCAUCAUUAUUUUCUCUUCCACUUCCCAUUCUGUGCUAAUUUCCUCAUUAUUAUUAUUUUUAUCACCAUUUUUAUCUCUGCGUUUUCUUCUUUUGUAUGUACCGUUUUUAUUUUCAUUUUAUUUUCGUAUUAUUAUUAUUAUUGUCAUUACUACUUCAUAUCCUUCUUUUGUAUUGUUUUGUAUGUUAUUAAUAGUAUCAGUUUUUUUUUCAUUGUCCUUCUUUUGUAUUCCUUUUCUACGUAUCAAUUUUUCUUUUGUAUGUAUCGUUUUUUAUUUUUUUUUAUUUUCGUAUUAUUAUUAUUAUCAUUACUACUUCAUAUCCUUCUUUUGUAUUGUUUUGUAUGUUAUUAUUAGUAUCAGUUUUUUCAUUGUCCUUCUUUUGUAUUCCUUUUCUACGGAUCAUGAUAUUCAUUUUGUUAUCAUUAUUAGUAUUUCCAGUGCUACAUAUUCUUUUCUAUUCCUCUACGUGUCACUAUUUCCAUUUUGUUAUCAUUAUUAGUAUUUCCAGUGCUACAUAUUCUUCUUUUGUAUUCUUCUACGUGUCACUAUUUCCAUUUUGUUAUCGCUAUUAGUAUUUCUAGUUAUUCUUCUUAUUACUACUGUUAUUACUGCCUUCAUCUCUGCACAUCUCACGACAACGAUGGGGGUCGGGUUAGCACUUUCUUCCCGCUUCCUGUACCAUACACCCACCACGCCCAUACAACCCCCUACACAAGGUUGAAGCGCCCGUGUGUUGAGGCCGGAGUCUGACCCUUGAAGGCGACCCACCACCCACCAACCCAUCAGUUUUAUGUAGUAGUCAUAGUGUGUGUGUGUGUGUGUGUGUGUGUGUGUGUGUGUGUGUGUGUGUGUGUCAGGGUGAGGCGGAGGCGUUGCUGAUAGUGACCCUUAGUUCGUGUAUAAGACGGGGACGCAACCUUAGCAAUCGUAUACAGACCCAAUCUUUAUUUUUAACUGAGGUGACGUAAGUGACGGACGGAGAUAUAUUAUUAUGAUUACUGUACACAGCUUCUUAUGCAGGAGAGAAUUUUUAGUACUUUUAUAUAUUAUUAUUAGUGUUUAAGAGGACGUGGCAUAGGACGGUGAUGCAUUUUUUCUUCAGUCUUUAAGAAGUGCAUGUGUGUGUGUGUGUGUGUGUGUGUGUGUGUGUGUGUGUGUGUGUGUGUGUGUGUGUGUGUGUGUAGCCACUCCCGGGAUUCUUGUAGCCAGCCAGUGGACGAGGAGGCUCUCAAGGAACACUUUAGGGAUUCACUGAUGUAUUAUACCCAUACACUAAGGGAAGGUGAAGCAGAAGGAAGGAUAUCUGAAGGAACAUUGUAAUUCACUGUUGUUCUAUACACACAUACAUAUAGAUACCUUAGGAGUCUGACAGAUCUACCAGGAAGGGGACGUAGAGAGAUUGAUAACUGAUAACUGAAAGAACAAUAUAGGAAUUCAAUGCUGUUUUAUACAUAGAUAGUUACCUUCAUUUAACACGGGAAUUUGCCAGUAUACUAAAGGGAAGGACAUACACAUAAGUUCAUACCUCUUGAUCAAAUAUGUUUCCAGGAUCGUUACGAGUCUCACACCUAAAUAGAGAAGGCAAGGCAGGGAAGGAAAGCACGAUACGCAGUUUUUGUCACUUUCCUUUCACGUAACACAGACAGAUAGAAGGAGAGUAGGAUAAAGGAAGGAUAUACCUCUUCACACAACUUGUUUCCAGGAUUCUUACUGCCAGAUAAACACAGACCAAAAGGGUUCAAGACAAAGACCUUACACGCCUUACAUACCACUGUUAAUAAUGUUUUUUGCGAGUCUUCUUAGGGCAAGUUUACACAAGGGAUCAAAUUCGGCAUGGAUAUUAAUUUUGAGUGGACUUAAUUUUACUCCUCUCAGCCGAAUAUUUCUUUGCCCUAGGAGAGUCAACUUUUAGGGCAAGAUCGGCCGAAUACAAACAUAAUAAUACAGUAUUUUCACCGUGCCUGUCAAGCGCUUAGGUGAAGACAAGCCGAGGAUUUCAACUUGGCAUAAGGAAGUGAGCCAAACUGUCCAACCCGAUGUAGCUCUUCUCUGGCCCUGAAAAACGUUCGUAACAUAAGCCACAAACGUUUGACAAUUGGAAUGUGAGUCCAGUCGUAACUCCUCUGGCCCUGAAAAACGUUCGUAACAUAAGCCACAAACGUUUGACAAUUGGAAUGUGAGUCCAGUCGUAACUCCUCUGGCCCUGAAAAACGUUCGUAACAUAAGCCACAAACGUUUGACAAUUAGAGUGUGAGUCCCGUCGUAGCUCCUCUGGCCCUGAAAAACGUUCGGAACAAGAGCCACAAACGUUACGAGUGUUAGAGGUGUAGGGAAUGUUGUAUUUCGUAGCUCCUUCCCGAGUGAAAAACGUUCGUACCAAGAGCCACAAACGUUUGGUAAUACGAGUGUUGGAGACGUAGGGAGUGUUACUGUGUCUCGCAGCUCCUCCUCGAGUGGCUUCAACACGCGCCGCGGCAGGAGAGAGACAAAUGACUAACGUUGAAAGUCGCGGGAAUGUUGAACGCCACUCCGGGACGAGACUGAACGAGGCAGACCAUUGACGGUGACCCAGAACGACCUGCAUUACUAUUAUUAUUAUUAUUAUUAUUAUUAUUAUUAUUAUUAUUAUUAUUAUUAUUACUGACAGACUUGUAAUGAGAAGUUUAAGGCUUUUUGUUAUUAUUGUGUCUUGUGGUGGUUUAUGUUUUAAGUUAUUUUGUUUGACGAUAUCCAGGUAUGUUAUUAUUAUUAUUAUUAUUAUUAUUAUUAUUAUUAUUAUUAUUAUUAUUAUUAUUAUUAUUAUUAUCAUUAUUAUUAUUAUCAUUAUUAUCAUUAUUGUUUCCGUCUUGACGUGUGGCCAAGAAGCACUGACACCAAAGCAUCUUAAGAACCUUUUCUUUCUUUUAAAUAUAAUAAUAAUAAUUAAUAUAGAGUUAUUAAUAAUGUAUAAUAAUAUUUUUCUCUUUAUAUACAAACUACAAACCAGUGAAUCUUAUUUUUUUGUUGGCUUGGUUUUUUUUUACGUCUUAAAAUAAUUAAUAAUAAUAUAGACAUGUUUACAACCUCAGGAAUUUGUAAAUUAAGGAACAGGAAUUCCCCGAACCAGAGUCCUUUAUCCUCUACGUGUGUGUGUCCCGCACCGCCGCUCUCUCGCUCCUCCGCUGCCCUCUGCCCCGCUGUCCCUGUCCCGCCGCCUCCCCGCCACGCGUCAGUACGGCGCCGCCCGGCGCCUCGAGUCAUUGAUCUAGUUGUACCAUUAAAUGUUGUAUAUGAAACACA